UGCUGGGGGAACAAAAUAUCUGGAAGCGACCGUGAAGUGUCAUGUCGUCUCCGGCAGUUCUUGGCUGACUUUUACCUUUUUUUUCUCCUCUCCCUCUCCCCCUCUGUGUGUGUGUGUGUGUGUGUGUGUGUGUGUGUGUGUGUGUAUGUGAACUGGAGCCGGAGCGCAGCGCGGAGAGGAGAGCAGACCUCUUUCUGAGUGACUGGACAGACUGGGACAGACGGACACAGAGCGGACAGUCACAACUGUCUCCCCACAGUUUGACAUUACACUGAGGUUACAGCGUCAGAGAUGACGGGGGGCUGCUUGUUCACGACUGGACUGCUUCUUCUCGCUGCGUGUGUGAAGCUUGCUGUUUGGGCCAAUGAUGGGGACGCAGUGUUCAUCAGGGAAUUCACUCUGAUUCGACGAGACCACCUUGCAGAGGAGCCUCUCCAUGAUGGCAACCAGAAACCAGAGGACCCAAGCUCACGGACGGCCCGAUCAGAAGAGGACAGAGACACUCUGUGGGAUGCCUGGGGCUCGUGGAGUGAAUGCUCCCGUACCUGCGGAGGAGGCGCCUCAUACUCGCUCAGACGAUGCCUCAGUUCCAAGACCUGUGAAGGACAGAAUAUCAAAUAUCGCACAUGCAGUAAUGUGGAUUGCCCUCCAGAUUCAGGUGAUUUCCGUGCCCAGCAGUGUUCAGCUCAUGCAGACGUGCGAUAUCAGGGUCAGUACCAUGAGUGGCUGCCUGUGUACAACGACCCAGACAACCCCUGCACUCUUAAGUGCAAAGCCAAGGACUUGGGCGUUGUGGUGGAGCUGGCGCCCAAGGUUCUGGAUGGGACACGCUGUUACACUGAAUCCUUGGACAUGUGUAUCAGUGGAAUCUGCCAGAUUGUAGGUUGUGAUCAUGAGUUGGGGAGCACAGCAAAGGAAGACAACUGCGGUGUGUGCAAUGGAGAUGGCUUAUCCUGCAGACUGGUGCGAGGACACUACAAAUCCCAGCAUACAUCAGGAAAAACUGAGGACACAGUUGUUGCCGUCCCCUAUAAGAGUCGUCAUGUGCGUCUAGUCCUGAAAGGCCCGGAUCACUUGUACGUGGAGAGUAAGACUCUACAAGGUGUAAAAGAUGAGCUGUUCUUUGACGAGUCAGGGCAGUAUCACCUGGAGAACACCACCCUGGACUACCAGAAACUGUCAGAUAAGGAGGUCCUGAGGAUCACUGGCCCGCUGGGAGCUGACUUCACAGUCAAAGUGCAGUUAGCCAGUGGAGCAGACAGUGUGGUCCAGUACAUCUACUACCAGCCCAUUAUCCACCGCUGGAGAGAGACCGACUUCUUCCCUUGCUCCGUCACCUGUGGUGGAGGGUACCAGCUGACCUCGGCAGAGUGCUUUGACCUUCGGAGCAGCAAGGUGGUUGUAGAUCAGUACUGCCAUUAUUACCCAGAGAACAUCAAACCUAAACCCAAACUGCAGGAAUGCAACAUGGAGCCCUGCCUGGCCAGUGACGGCUACAAGCAAAUAAUGCCAUAUGACCUCUACCACCCGCUGCCUCGAUGGGAGAGCAGUCCGUGGACCGCGUGCUCCACCUCCUGCGGCGGAGGCAUCCAGAGUCGCUCAGUAUCCUGCGUGGAGGAGGACAUGCAGGGCAUCAUCACUCCCACUGAGGAGUGGAAGUGUCUUUACUCCCCCAAGACGGCUAUCCUGCAGCCCUGCAACACCUUCGACUGCCCCACCUGGCUGGCACAGGAGUGGUCACCGUGCACGGUGACCUGUGGUCAGGGUCUGCGCUACAGGGUGGUGUUAUGCAUUGAUCACAGAGGCCUCCAUGCUGGAGGUUGUAAUCCCACCACCAAGCCCCACAUCAAGGAGGAAUGCCUGGUGACUGUGCCCUGUUAUAAGUCCAUCGAUACGCUUCCAGUCGAGGCAAAACCUGUGUGGCAUAAGCAGGCCAUAGAACUGGAGGAGGAGAUCAGCGUUACUGAGGAACCAACCUUCAUCCCUGGUCCCUGGCAGCCCUGCAGCAGGACAUGCGGCGCCGGGACCCAACGACGUAGCGUUAAGUGCCAGGUCUUGCUAUCCUUCUCCCAGACUGUUGCUGACCUGCCUGAUGACGAGUGUGAGGGGGUGAAACCUGCUACGAGUCAGCCCUGCUACCGUACUCCCUGCUCUGGUGUUUCGGGCCAAGGAAAAGAAAGCGAAAAGGAGGGAGAGGAAGAAGAGGAGGAGGGGGAGGGGGAGACACCUGGAAGAGAGGAACUGCACGACUGGGAGUACGAGGGGUUUACGGAGUGCUCAGAGAGUUGUGGGGGAGGUGUGCAGGAGGCGGUGGUCAUCUGCCUGAACAAGCAGACUAGGGAGGCAGCAGAUCAGACCCUGUGUGUGAGCUCCCGUCGGCCCCCGCAACUCCUGCAGGACUGCAAAACUCAGCCCUGCCCACCCAGGUGGGAAACAGGGGAGUGGAGUUCAUGCUCUGCUACCUGUGGGGUUGGUCUGAUGACACGCACUGUGGCGUGCACUCACCAGCCCUCUCGGGACAGCAACCGUACUGAGGUUUUGAGGGAUGAAGACUGUCAGAGCCCCAAACCCAAUCCUGUCCAAGCCUGCAACCGCUUUGACUGCCCUCCUGUGUGGGACACACGUGACUGGGGACAGUGCUCCCAGAGCUGUGGUGGUGGAUUUCAAAAGAGGCAGGUCCUGUGCAAACAGCGGUUGGCGGAUGGCAGCAUCCUGGAGCUGCCUGACACCUUUUGCCCUUCAAAGACUCCUGCAAAUCAGCAGCCCUGUGGCAAACAAGAGUGCCCACCUCAAUGGGUCACAACUGACUGGUCCCAGUGCUCAGUGACCUGUGGAAAUGGCAUUCAGAGACUACAGUCAGUCUGCAGAAAACAAGGGGCAGGAAGGGGACAUUGGAUCGUAGCCUCUGAAAACUGUUCCCUAAUGGCUCGGCCCACCAAAAUCCGGCCAUGCUCCCUCAGGCUCUGUGAGAACUCUGUCAAGCCUGAUCCCACCAUACUGGCCCAGAAGAAGGUGUAUAUCCAGUGGAGGAAGGGCAAAAAGAUACAGCUGAUAGUGGGAGGCUAUGCCUACCUGCUCCCUUGGACAACUGUGGUCCUUCGCUGCCCAACCCGCCACUUCCGCAAAGGCCAAAUCCGAUGGUUGAAGGAGGGAAAGCCCUUGGUCAGUCUCCCACAUCUCUCUAUAACACCACUAGGAUACAUGAAGAUUCAGCAGGUUCGUGCAUCUGAUGCAGGGGUAUACACAUGCAUCGCAGGUCAGGCACAAGAACAUUUUGUCCUACAGAUCAUUGGCAGCAAGCAGAAGCUCUCUGUUCCAGAGUCAUUGCUCGUGGCAGAUGGACAACAAAAGGUUGGGCAGCCAGAUGUGCCCACAACAGGAGAAAGAUUUCAGGAACUACCGAUCUCCCUCAAUCAAUAUGACAACAUUGUUGAGCAGUUGCUUGAACUCAAAGGUUCCCUCCAAGAUGAAAAAGACACUGCUGACAAAACACACUCAAGUGAAAAGAACAGGUCGACGCUGGAGGAUGAGAGAGCUAGCUCAGAACUUUCAAACCUUCCUGUGCUCAUUGCCGAUACCCACAGGCUAGAUGAGAUCAUGCACAACUUCUCUGAAGGCCUCGGAGGACCAUGGGGGGAACAACUCAUUGCGCAAUUGCUCAGUGAGCUCACUAUGACACAAGGAGAAACCAACGAGUCUACUCUUCAUCCCCCGGACAGUGCAGAAUCUUCCACGCAAGGGCCCCUCCUUUAUAAACAGAACAUCAAAGCCCACACGUCCAGGCCAAGAAGCCCGGUGAUAAUCCAACGCUCCAGAAAGGUGGGAGCUGUGCUGUCAUCUGAAAUGAUAGUUCAUGUGGGAGCGCCAGUUUUUCUGCAGAAACCCAUAACUAGUUUGGAGCUGAGGUGUGAGGCACUAGGGAACCCUGAGCCAUCCCUGACAUGGACAAAGAAUGGAAAAGAGUUGAACUACAAUAGCAGAGUAGGCCUGUUGUCCACCGGCUCACUUAGGAUCCAGUCUCCAAGCAAGGCAGAUGAGGGUCUGUACACCUGCACUGCCAGGAACCAUUUUGGAUUGACAUCUCUUUCGUCUUGGCUGCAGAUUUCAGGUGGCAAAGGAAGAAACUGUGUCCAGGGUAAUGGUAUGGGAACAAAUGGCCCUAUUUGCUCUGAGAGGAGUAACAGUAACCAGUCAGCUGAGCUGUGCCAUGGACAAUCCUGCCCCCUCAGGUGGCGAAUGGAUCCUUGGUCUCCAUGCUCAACCAAUUGUGGAGGUGGGUCCCAGUCCAGGAGUGUCCGCUGCAUGAAGGGUCCCGAGGGCAAAUCAAGAGAGGUGGAGGGCCAGCACUGCCUCGGCACAGGGAGGAGACCCUCUGACACCAGGCUAUGCAACCUACAGCCCUGUGCCAGAUGGGCCACUACCCACUGGGGAGCGUGUCACGGUCAAUGUGUGGGUCCCAGUUUGGCCACACAGCACCGCCAUGUUUACUGCCAAGACAACAAUGCCACCAAACUCCCCUACAGGAUGUGCAGUGGACUCCAGAGGCCCAGCUCUGUAAAGAAUUGCUCCACAGAUGCCUGUGCCCUUCAGUGGCGUGCAGGGCCGUGGACGCAGUGCACUGCCACCUGUGGACGGCACGGUUUCCAGUCACGCCAGGUGACCUGCAUCCACCGUCGAACUGGAAAGGCCACACGUGAACAUCACUGCAUGUGGAAGCCGCGCCCUCCCAGCUGGCAGCGAUGCAAUAUUUUGUCCUGUGGCAGAGCAGGAGAGUGUCGAGACAGCACGAGGUACUGCGAAAAAGUUCGACAGCUAGAGCUUUGUCCGCUGCCCCAGUUUAAGAGUCGCUGCUGUCAUUCCUGCCAAAACACCUGAGACUGGGAUGUAAAACGAGGGCCAUGGACGACCUUGAUAGGUCAGAAAGAUGCUCCAACAGCCGACAGAGACUUGAAACCUCAGUGCCCCAUCCUUACACCCACAACUGUCUUCAAUGAUCAGUCUUGGCUGGGGAUGCCUAAGUGUGGAGGAAUGUUUGGAUGAUCAUACCUUGAGUGGUUGUGAUCUUAUUUCCUCAAAGAUAUUGUGUGUUGGUUUGAAUUUGAAAGUUUUGAGAGGAGUGUCUGCUAAUGAAGGCUUCAGUUUUACUUCUUUUUUUUUUUUUUUUUUUUUUU